AUGGAGAGGCAUAACUCCAUGACAGUAAAUGAAGACACUCCUCCAGAGGGAAGCAAUGAUGUCUUGCCAUUUGCAGUCGCAAUUAUAUUUUCAGUUAUUUUCUUCAACCUAAUAUUAAUAUACCUUUGUCGCUACUGCUUGACAUGCUUUCAUUUUCUCGACUUUGAGGAAGAAGACGACGACGUACUUCCUCUGAUGCAGACCAACAGAAUGAACAAUUCAAGACCUCCUACUUCGUUCCCAACGGAAAGGCUUCACCAUAUGUUAGGGUACAAUAUUCCCCGCCAUAGGCAGCAGCCUCCCACAUUGUCCCAAAACGAAUUGGGCUAUUUGUCUCCAGUAAUAACUUACAGAGAAUGGCUUUACCAAAGAAGAACAGAACAGAAUAAACAAAAUGUGCAAUGCGAUAAUCUUCCGAUUGAUAAAAUUCCACCUACAUUCGACAAAGAUCCUUUUCUUUUAGGAAUGUCAAUGAAUUCAACCGUAACUAAAUGUUCGGAGAAUGACUCCAUUGAUUCAAAACCUUCCAAUGAGAAAAAUACUUUUGACCAAGCAAAAGAAAGUUGCUUUAAAGAAGAUGGUUCAAACCAAGAAGAAGACGAGGAAGACUUUUGCACAAUCUGUUACGCAAAUUAUGACUAUAAUGAAUAUUUACGUCUCCUUCCUUGCAGGCACAUUUUCCACGCUCAAUGUAUAGAUACGUGGAUGACUACAUCGAAAGCAUCGUGCCCUCUCUGCAAUGAAGACUAUAGCAGAAAGCAUAAUAAGCGUAGAAAUCACUCGGCUGAUUUUUUCAACACAGAGGACUUGACUAAUGAACCCGGAAACAUCCAAGCUGAAGAAAUUGCUCCUUUCGUAAAUCCGGUCCUGUCUUUUCGUGACAGCAGGAUGCCUUUGUUUACGAGCAACGUUGUGUAG